CAAAAACAAAAAUCCAGAAUCCCCAAAACUGGGAUUUGGAGAGGGUGGGGCCCACACUGAGGUCAUACAAUUACCAGCGCGGGUCUUUUUAAACCUCCCUUUCCAUUUCCUCGUUCCUCCUACUCUUCAACUCUUUUUACUUUCUUCCACCACACUAACCACCUUUCCUCCGCCGCCUGCCGCCCAUUUUUUCCGGCGAACCACCACUCCGGAAUUCCUAAAAUGGGACUUGGGAUAAUGAAGCAACCAUUUUAUGGGAUUAUUAAUGAUUUCAAUGGAAGAUUAGCAUGUUACAAGCAGGAUUGGAGUGGUGGUAUUCGAUCCGGAUUCGGGAUACUGGCACCAACUACCUAUAUCUUUUUUGCUUCUGCUCUUCCUGUCAUAGCUUUUGGGGAGCAACUCAGCAGAGACACAGAUGGAAGCUUGAGCACAGUUGAAACUUUAGCUUCAACAGCAAUAUGUGGGAUAAUUCACUCAAUUAUUGGUGGGCAACCUCUUCUGAUUGUAGGAGUUGCAGAACCAACUGUGAUUAUGUACUCUUAUCUCUACAACUUUGCAAAAGGAAGGCCAGAUUUGGGAAAGGAUCUUUACCUAGCUUGGGCAGGAUGGGUGUGUGUAUGGACUUCUAUCAUGUUAAUACUUCUUUCAAUAUUCAAUGUUGCCACGAUCAUUAAACGGUUUACAAGGAUUGCUGGGGAACUCUUUGGCAUGUUGAUUACUGUUCUUUUCUUCCAAGAAGCUAUCAAGGGAGUUGUAAGUGAAUUUGGCAUUCCCAAACAUGAAGAUCCACAUGAAGAGAGGUUCCUAUUUCAAUGGAGAUAUGCAAAUGGGUUGCUUGGUGUAAUCUUUACUUUUGGUGUUUUUGUAAUGGCUAUUAAGAGCCGUAGAGCAAGAUCAUGGCGGUAUGGUACAGGUCGUGUUAGGGGCUUAAUUGCAGAUUAUGGAGUACCUUUAAUGGUUGUAGUUUGGACUGCUUUGUCCUUCAGUAUUCCUUCUGGUGUUCCACUUGGUGUACCUCGAAGGCUCUUUAGUCCUCUGCCAUGGCAAUCUAAAUCUGUGUAUCAUUGGACUGUUGUCAAGGAUAUGGUCAGAGUUCCAGUUGGGUACAUCUUUGCAGCAAUCAUACCAGCUCUGAUGGUAGCAGGACUGUACUUUUUUGACCACAGUGUUGCUUCACAGCUAGCACAACAAAAGGAAUUCAAUCUGAAAAAACCUUCUGCUUACCACUACGACAUUUUGGUGCUUGGAUUUACAACUUUGCUUUGUGGAUUAAUCGGACUCCCUCCAUCAAAUGGUGUUCUUCCACAGUCUCCAAUGCAUACAAAGAGCCUUGCUGUCCUCAAGAGGCAGUUGAUAGGGAAAAAGAUGGUAAAAUCUGCAAAGGAAAGCAUAAGGAAAAAUGUUAGCAGCACUGAAUUAUAUGGCCAAAUGCAAGAUGUUUUCAUCAAAAUGGAUCAAAAUCCCAAUCCACAUGAAGUUGUGAAGGAAUUGGAAGACUUGAAACAAGCAGUUAUGAAUGGAGAUGGCAAACAAGGAAAGGAAAACAAAGCUUUUAAACUUGAACACAUUGACAGUUAUUUGCCUGUUAGAGUCAAUGAACAAAGAGUUAGCAACAUCUUACAAUCAGUACUAGUAGGAGGUGCUAUGUUUGCUAUGCCUGUGAUUAAGUUAAUACCAACCUCUGUUUUAUGGGGAUACUUUGCAUAUAUGGCCAUUGAUAGUCUUCCUGGAAGCCAGUUCUGGGAAAGGAUCCUUCUCCUGUUCAUUACACCAGUUAGACGAUACAAGGUUUUGGAAGAAGCUCAUGCAUCAUAUGUGGAAUCAGUGCCCUUCAAAUACAUUGCUGCAUUCACUCUAUUCCAAUUUGUGUACUUGUUGAUCUGCUUUGGAGUUACUUGGAUACCAAUAGCAGGGAUUCUGUUCCCUUUGCCUUUCUUCUUUCUCAUAAGCAUACGCCAACAUAUUCUCCCGAAGUUUUUUCAUCCCUUUCAUCUUCAAGAACUGGAUGCAGCUGGGUAUGAAGAGAUUGCUGGUGCACCUAGACGUUCUCAAAGCAUGUCUUUUGAGGAAGGAGAAGCUCCUGAUGAUGAGGAGGGAGAUGAUUUUGAGAUACUAGAUGAAAUGACGACUAGCAGAGGGGAGUUCAAGAUCAGAGCCUCGAGCUUUGAUAAUCCUCAGAUUCAUCCUCAAGAAAUUGUUCGUCCAGAAUGAAAGAACAGGCAUGGUAUUAAUCAGAUGGGAAAGGCUAAUGAUGAUGAUGAUGAUGAUGAUGAUGAUGAUGAAAGAUAGCUUUGUUACAAGACAUUUUGCAUGGUUUAAACCUUGAAAAGGAGGAUCAAAAGAAGCAUAUGAAAAUUUUAUAGCGUGCCAAUGUCAGUGAAAAUACGGGGAAAGAGGAGGAUGUGGUGAUUGUUUGUCAAAAUUCAGAAAGGCUAUGAAAUGCAUAUACAGUAUAUAAACUCGAAAUUUAACAAAGCUAGCAAUUUAAUUAGCUUUACGAAUCAUUGUGGAAAGAAUAGAAGGGGAAAUUGGGUGUACAAAUUUUGUGCAAUGUUUCUGCUACAAAAGUGAGAAUUGAGAAUUGAGAAUUGUAAAAUCUUCGUUUGUUUCGUUAUCUAAGGCUCCUAAUUCUUAUUA